CAUUUUUCUCAUGACGUGACUGCGCGCGCGUCAGGAGCGGGAGCUUUGAGGUUAUUUUAACGGUCGCUACAGCACUGCUUUACAGGAUAAAUAUAUCUUCAAAAUGUACUAUGAGACCAAGGAGAAACGAGAGGAGCCAUACGAUCCGUUGUUUCUCCCAUUAACUAAACUGGGCGCUAGAACGCGAGAGCGACGGUUCCUCUGCACCGUGGGCGAGGUGCUCAGUCUCGGCUGGCUCAAAUACAAGACCUCUGAAGAUGUCAAUGCAACUGUGGCCUUGUUGCUGCCCUCAUUCGCCUCCAGGUGCAUAGACAACAACGACUUACUGUCUUUGCAAGAGAUUCUUGUCACGAUGGAUGUAAAUGCUGGUGAUUAUGAUGGCAACACUGUCAUGCACAGAGCUUGUGAAAAGGGUAAAACUGAUAUGGUUAAAUAUUUACUGUCUAUUGGAGCAGCAAGCCAGUUGAUAAACCGCUUUGGUUGCACACCUCUUCAUCUCGCCAUAAGAAACAAGCACUUUGACGUGAUCAAGAUUUUGAUAGUGGAAGGAGCCACGUUGAGUCUAAAUCCUGUGCGAGUUGGCAUGGAACUUAUCAAGGCUGUUCUGACUAAAGACUGUCAGCUUCUGCAAGCGUGGUACUUAGCUGGUGCAAACAUGAGCCAGAGUGAUUAUAAUGGACAGACCGCUUUACAUACAGCAGUGGAGAAGAGGGACAAGAACAUGGUGUCCAAACUUCUUGAAUAUGGCGCCACCCCAGAGAAUAGAAAUAUGUGGGGAAGGACAGCAGAAGAUGAAGCAAGACAAAAAAAUCUUCAUGACAUUGUGGUGCUCUUCAAUCAACUUUACUCUUUGUAACUCACCCUUCAGCACGUUAUUGUGUAGGACCUAGUCAAGCAGACCAGCUGAUAUUAUUUUCCAGUUUUAUACCUUAAAAACCAAGUUAAUUCUUAGUAAAGAAUUCUGAGUGCUAAUGUUUACACAAGAAAUCAACUCAAAGCAGGCAUUUUAUCAUUUAUUUCAAAAUGUAAAGCAUAAGUUGGUGCAUAUGCAUGAAGUAUUAAACCAAUCCAGGGUUAA